AUGAAACCUUCAUUGGAUGAAGAUUCUAAUGGAAUUAUUGACCAUGAGGAACUCAACAAAUGCUUAAAGAAAUUGCAAGUUCAGCUUACACAAAAGGAAAUUGAUGAUCUUUUCUUUUCCUGUGACAUGGAUGGGAGCGCUGGGAUACAGUUUAAUGAGUUUAUUGUUCUUCUUUGUCUUGUUUAUAUCCUAGUGGAUACUUCAACGACUUCCCACUCUACAUCAAAGAUGGGUUCACCGCAGCUUGAAGCCACUUUUGAUGCUAUCAUUGAAGCAUUCUUGUUUCUCGAUAAAAAUGGUGAUGGAAAGCUGAACAAGAAAGACAUGAUGAAGGCAUUGAACGAGGCUUCUCCUCGGGAGAAAUCCCCUGCACAUAUCACAAGAAAAGAAAUGGACUGGGACAGGAACGGAAAGGUCAGCUUCAGGGAAUUCCUCUUUGCUUUGAUUGAUUGGGUCGGGGUUGAUACAGAUGAUGAAAUUCCUGUGGAAGGACAUUAAGCAGAGCACAGAGAGCUAAGGAAGGAAAACAUCUGAGUUGAGGUCAGAUUGAUACAGUUGUAUGUAUAUCCAGCAGUUUAUUUUUAAGAGUUGGC